AUGCAGCACAUCACAAUAGAUCCCAGGAAGGUCCAGCCGCCGACCCGCGAUGGCGGACUAAAUGACCUACCUGAGCACCUACCGACACCCAAAGCCACCAACACGCAUCCUGUCAAGCCUGGCGGGGAGAAUGCGUCGAUCUACUUUGUGGGGACUGCUACCACGAUCAUAGAAUGGCAAGGCGUGCGCAUUAUGACCGAUCCAAACUUCCUCCACGCCGGCGACCACGUCCACCUCGGUCCGGGCGUCUCAUCCCAGCGCAAGACGAAUCCAGCGGUGGACCUGCACGAGCUACCCCGGAUUGACCUGGUGCUGCUAUCGCACUAUCACGGCGACCACUUCGACCAACACGUCGAAGCCUCUCUCCGCCGGAACCUCCCCAUCGUGACGACCAGCCACGCGAAGAAGAUCCUCACUUCCAAAGGGCCCGACUCCUUCACAGCCAUCUACGACCUCGAGCCGUUCCAGCAGAUGAUGAUCAAUAUCGAGUCUGACCCUGGGAACGAUGCGUCGCCGAGUCUCCGCGUCACCGGUAUGCCGGGGAAGCAUGUCCCCGUUGUGAAACCAAUCGAGAAGCUGAAUGAGUUUGUUGGCGCUAUCCCCCCAACAAACGGCUGGAUGCUGGAACUCGGGCACGGCAAAGACGCCUCCUCGUUUAAACCCGGGUACAGAAUCUACAUAUCCGGCGACACGCUGAUGGUCGACGACCUGAAGGAGAUACCGAAGCGCUACGGCGAGCAUAACAUCGACCUCAUGCUCAUCCAUCUAGGCGGGACGACCGUCCCCUCGCCCUCUCUCUCCCCGUUCACGCUGAUGGUGACGAUGGACGCGAAGCAGGGGGUUGAGCUGAUGCGGCUGGUUAAGCCGGACGUUACGAUUCCGGUGCAUUAUGAUGACUAUGAUGUGUUUGCGAGCCCGCUGGGGGAUUUUAAGGAGAUUGUUGAGAGGGAGGGGCUGGGCGGGGUGGUGUAUCUGGAUCGGGGGGAGGAGUAUCGGUUUGCUGUGAGACAGUAG